UGUAUGUAAUUAUUUAACUCAGUUUUCUUGUACCGGUACAGGGCCUAGGAUUCGACUGAAUUUUAAUCCAUCGUUUGUAAGAUGGUACGUUUGUGUUGCAUUCCAAUCUGUCGCAAUGCAAAAACUAGCUGCAAUGACGGCGCGAGUUUGUACCCAUUUCCUGUAGAUCCUGAGCUACGACAAAAGUGGAUUGAAUUCGUCGGUGUAGACCCGAACAAAUUCCGUUGGAAGAUCAAGUUCAUCUGUUCGGAUCACUUUCUCGAUUCCGAACUUACCGAAGAAAAUGGACAAACAAAACUUCUCACUGGGGCUAUCCCGGUGGUGUAUUCCUAUGAAGAAAAAACAGAUGACAUUCAGCAGAAGGAUGUAAUGAUAUCGGGAAAACCUGCCGUUGCGAUUACUGCUAAAGCGGUCGAAGCAGGGGUUGAAGAAAUUGAUCUGAGAUCAACGUUCUGUAGGAUUUGCCUAAAAAAACAGACCGGUUUAUUGCCUUUCAGUUCUAAGUUGCAUAAUAAAACACUGACCGAUAUUAUAUACAGCUUCUCCGGAAUGAGGAUCGAUUGUAGUGGUAGGGUCCCUACGAAGAUUUGCGUUGGAUGCGUUUCAAAAGCAGAUCUUGCUUACAGCGUUCGAAUGGAGUUUAUUCAUAAUGCGCGAAUACUACAAAAUAUGCUACGAAACGGACAACUGGAACAUCAUUAUAGAUUCUAUGAAACCCACAAACAUGCCCGGGAGGGAGAGAAUGAAAUAUACUUGAAUAACUUGAUUUCGACCAUAAAGCUUGAAAUCACAAAACAGUCAACCGAAGAACAAUUGAAACAGCCUGAAAAGACCCAAGAAGAACUGAACACCGAGGAGCAGAUAUCAUCCAAUUAUGUUGAGUUUGGUACUGCGAAUGCAUCUAUAGAUUCAAAAAAAGUGAUUCUGGAUGGGUCCCCUUAUGAGGGAGAUGAGCAAGAGGUAAAGGAUGAACCAUUCGUGGAACAUGAUAAUUCUGCGAACAUAUUAAAACACGAAAUAUUGUCGGACUCAUCGGAAGACGAGAGCGAAGGGAAGUUUGUUUUUUCAUGGGAAGAGUUGUAUAAACCACCAAAAACAACUCAGCCACCGAGGCGUGUUAUCGAGCGUCUACCGAAACCUAAAUUUGUUCCAAAUACUUGUUACAUCUGCAACACAUCGUACGCUGACGCCGAUGUACUCGAUACGCACCUGGAAGAGCACGUUAGUAUAGUGCCACACACCUGCGCUGAAUGCAGCACACCAACGAAUCCUUCGGUCCAAAGAUCGCUGGUUUCGCUCAACAGGCAUCUUCAGUCACAUCUGUAUCCGUAUAAGUGCAAUGAAUGCCCAUUGCGUUUCCUGACAAUUCCAACCUUUUCGGAACAUCUUGACACGCAUGACGAUACGUUCAAGGACGGCUACACGUGUGAAUACUGUGGAGAUUUCUACACCAUGAAGCGACGUUUUAUGAUUCAUAUUGCGAAACACCGCGCGAUUGAACUGGGUAAAUAUAAGUGCGAGCACUGCGGGAGGGCAUUCGGCAACACUACGAUUCUCAAGCGUCAUGUCAGGAUACACACAGGUGAGAAACCGUUCGAGUGCAAAAAAUGUGGCCGUACUUUCAACCACGAGGAAAACUUCAAAACACACAAGCGAAUACACAUUGGAGAGAAGGCAUACGUCUGUGAAGAUUGCGGGAGAAAGUUCACCAGUGGAACCAUGCUGCGCUAUCACAUGGCGGAGCAUUAUCCGGAUGAUCCAAAAUAUCGGAUUCAGAAAAGAGUUUCACAGCCCCGCAUCAACUCUCAGGGCCAAGGCACCGAUCCGAAACUGUACAUAUGCGUGGUGGAAGGAUGCGAGUACGAGACUUUCAUCUAUAGGCAAUUUUUCUACCACAAGAGUAUGCACACAAAGAAAUUCCAAUGUGAACAGUGUGAUAAGCGCUUUCCGUUCAAAAGUUCUCUGGCCAGACACCAAAUGGUGGCGCACGAAGGUAAGGGUCCAGAGAGAAAUUUGAAGUGUCCGUACUGUCCGAAGUUAUUCUACUGCAAGGUGAAACUUAAAGUCCAUAUCGACAUCCACGAGGAUAAUCGACGCUAUAAAUGCAAGUUUUGCGGCAAGGCCUUCGUGCAGAAGCCGAAUUUAACGGCUCACGAGAAAAUCCACACCGGGGAAAAACCGCAUGCCUGCAGGUUUUGUCCGGCCGCGUUCAUCUCCUCGUCUGCGAGGAAAAAACACGAAAAUACACAUCAGGACGCACAGUUGAAACAGAUCGACAGUAUCUCCAUAAAACAGUCUGAGGUAGUGAUGGAAGAGGUUGAAGAAACUAUAGAACAUAUUGAGUUUGAGCCGGAAUUAGAGGUCGAAGUUAGCGUUGAUGGAGAAGAGAUAGAGGAAUAUGUUCUAUAUAUGGCGGAUCGCAUUAUCGAGUUGUGUGAAAAUUUUACGAAAGUCGGUUUGGUGAGAGAGUGUGAGAAACGAGGAAUCUCCACGGAUGGAGAGAAAAAAGCGAUGGCGAAGAGAAUUAUAUCUCACGACACGAAUGUGGCUGUAAACGAUGUGAGUCUGUGUGCCAACGACGAGGCGCUCGACAACAGCCAACGUGAGAAGCGUCUUGGAACCAUUAAAAACGGCGUAGACGAUGAUUGUUCUUCCAACGACGAUGGCAGCGAAAAAAUAUGUUACGACGAAGAAAAUGAAAGUGUCGAUGACAAAACCGAUUACGACGAAAGAAGCAGUAUCAACGACGAAAGGAGCAGUGUGGGUGCUCAUUUCCAAACCGCUGUAAAUAAUGAAAUGAUGUCAACCCCGAAAAGAUUGUAUAUGUCGCUGGAACGAAGGUCAUAUUCAUUUCGUGAUGUCGAAGACAGUAUCGAAUCUUUUGGAGCAGACGACGGCCAAGAUGUAAAAGUUUGGAUGAAACAAUUCGAGGCUAUGUCAAGGACAGCACAUUGGAAUGAUGAGCAGAAACUAAUCAUGUGUCGUAAAAAGUUAACGGGCACUGCAAAACGGUUCAUGUUCACCCAACGAGAUGUUAGUUCAUUCGUCGAGUUAAAAAGCGCACUGUUAAAAGAGUUUGCCCCAUUUGUGCGUGCAAGCGAUGUACAUCGUAAGCUGGCAGCACGAAAAAAACACCCGACGGAAUCAGUGAGAGACUACAUUUACGAAAUGCAGCGAAUUGCCCUUCAAAUAGAUCUUGAUCAACCGAGCAUAUGUGAGUAUGUAGUAGACGGGAUAACAGAGGACGAAUUCCACCGAUCUCUCUUGUACGAAGCGCAAUCCAUUGAGCAGUUGAAAGAGAAGCUACUGAACUACGAGAAGGUGCAAAGGAAAUCUUAUAAGAAAUCUCGAUCAGACGAUACAUGCACGAGGCGAAAGGAACAUCGGAAAAUGGAACCGAAAAAAGUGAGCGAGAAGGUCGACACGAAACGGCACUGUUUCAACUGCGGAGAGUCAUCGCACGUUGCUAGUGAAUGCCCACAGAAGAAUAACGGACCAAAAUGUUUUAGUUGUAACACAUUCGGUCAUCUAUCGAGAGAGUGCACGAAAAAGGUGAGAAAAGCGGAGAAAAAAAACGCAGCAGAAGUUAAUGUGGUGAAAACUGUAAACAACGCCAAACCAAGUGUGCAUAUUAAGGUGAAUGACUUAGAAAUUUGUGCUAUUGUUGACACUGGUAGUGAAGUUUCUUUGAUAAGAGAACAUUUGUGGUCAAAAUUAUCAAAAAAAGGAUUACAGUUACAGAAAUCUACACUGAAAGUGCGUGGUUACGGCGGUAAUGUACACGUUGUUUGUGGUGAAGCUGUUUUGAAAAUGUUCCUCGGCAAUAAUGAGUAUGAAAUUCGUGUUUACAUCGUGCCGCUCAGUGCUAUCGAUAUGCAAAUGUUGAUUGGCAUGGAUUAUCUUGGAAGUGUUGAUUAUGCUAUCACGCCGAGUGGUGUUCGCAUAGAAAAGUGGGCGACAGAAGAAUCCGAUCCAGAUAUUAACGACGUGAAAUGGAUUCGUCGUAUCGAGGAGUAUGUCGAUGUGAAAGAAGUUAUCGUACCGUAUAAAUAUCGCGGUCAGGUUAUGGAACUUAUUGAGAACUAUACACCAGCAACAAACGUAAGGGCGGCCAAUGAACUGACAAUAAGACUGAUGGAUAAUGAUAUAGUCUGUGAGAAUCCGCGUCGUCUCGCGCCAGUUGAAAAAGAAGUCGUGAAGAGGCAAAUAGACGAGUGGCUCAAAAAUGGAAUAAUUCAGCCGUCUACCAGCGAAUAUUCUAGUGCAAUUGUCGUGGUACCGAAGAAAGAUGGUUCGCGCCGUGUAUGCGUUGAUUAUCGUGAAAUUAAUAAAAGAAUGAUACGUGACAAAUUUCCGAUGCCUAACCUGGAGGAACAGAUAGAUCAACUAUCUGGAGCCUGUGUAUUUACCACGCUUGACCUGAAAAAUUCAUAUUUUCACGUGCCUGUGGAGCAAAAAAGCCAGAAGUAUACGUCAUUCGUAACCAGUGAGGGCCAGUAUGAGUUUUUACGUGCACCGUUUGGUCUUUGCACCAGUGGGAAUUGUUUUGGCCGAUUUAUCAAUACAGUGUUGAACGAUUUGAUCAAAGAAGGGAAAGUGAUUGUAUUUGUGGACGAUAUGAUCAUUCCAUCCAAAGAUGAAGAAGAAGGAUUGGAAGUGCUAACGACAGUGUUGAAGGUAUCUGAAGCAGCUGGAUUAAAUUUUAAUUGGAACAAAUGUGUUUUUCUGCAACGUCGUGUAGAAUCUCUUGGCUACACCGUGUACGAGGGUCGAGUUGAACCAGCACCAGCUAAAAUAGAAAAGCUGAAACAGUUCCCGCAACCGACAACGGUGAAACAACUACAGCGCUUCUAUGGACUGGCUAGUUAUUUCAGAAAAUUUAUACCAUCGUUUGCUGAGAUCACACGUCCGUUAUCAAACACGUUGAAAGGAGGAGGAUAUUUUGAAUUCACUGAGGAAGCUGUUGGUGCGUUCAAUCGGAUUAAAGACAUGUUAACAAAAUAUCCUGUGCUACGCAUUUUUCGACCCGAUGGCGAUACCGAAGUACACACAGAUGCCAGUAAAAUCGCGUUAGCUGGAAUCCUGAUGCAGCGUGCCGAAGAUGAUGGGAAAUUUCAUCCCUGUUAUUAUUAUAGCAGACUCACGAAUACUGCAGAACAGAACUACCAUUCUUACGAGUUGGAAUCGUUAGCAGUGGUCGAAUCUCUAAAAAAGUUCAGGUGUUAUUUGCUAGGUUGCAAAUUCAAAAUUCGCAAGAUGAACGUACGCGUGGCCCGAUGGGUUAUCGCUCUUGCAGAAUUUGAGUACGAAGUUGAACAUCGUCCAGGAAUUAAAAUGCCACAUGUUGAUGCUCUAUCUCGUGCAAAUGUGUUGACUAUAUCGACUGCUGUUUGUGCUCAGUUGCGUUCUGCUCAAGAAAAUGACGAAAAAGUGAAGGCGAUUAUGGCAGCUGUUGGACAAAGCGAUUCAUUCAAGGGUUACACGAUUAGUAAUAGCAUACUGUACGAAGGCGAUGGCGAAACACGACGAUUAUACGUACCGGAAUCAAUGGAGACAGCAAUAAUUCGAUCAGCCCAUGAUAAGGGGCACUUUGGCGUGAAAAAAACCAAAGAAAGGAUAUGUGCAGAUUAUUUCAUUCCUGAAGUUGAAAAGAAAAUUAAACGAUGCAUCGAUACAUGUGUUGCUUGCAUUAUCGGCGAAAGGAAACGCGGCAAACCUGAGGGUGAACUUCCUCCAAUCCCAAAAGGUGACAUCCCAUUAGACACCUUUCACGUAGAUCAUUUAGGACCGAUGCCAUCUACGAGAAAAUCGUACAAUUAUAUCUUAACGGUGAUUGAUGCCUUUACGAAGUAUGUUUGGCUAUUUCCGACGAAAACAACUACGGCAGACGAGACAUUGAAAAAACUCAAAUUAAUUUCCGAUUAUUUUGGGAAUCCGAGAAGAAUUAUAAGCGACCGUGGAUCAGCUUUCACUUCUGGAAUAUUCACCAAGUAUUGCAAUGACGAGGGCAUAGAAUUGUAUACAAUUGUGACCGGUGUACCUCGCGGAAAUGGACAGGUGGAGCGUGUCCAUCGCAUAAUAAUCCCGAUGCUAACAAAGCUGUCAAAUGAAAGGCCUGACGAAUGGUUCAAACAUGUGGGUGACGUACAAAAGUUCAUCAACAACAGUUGGCAACGUGCCAUAGAAACAACUCCUUUUCAACUGCUAUUUGGAGUUAAAAUGCGUACGAGACAAGACGAAGUACUUCACGCGAUACUGGAACGAGAAAUGCGAGAGGAUUUUGAACGGGAACGAAAUGUUUUGCGGAAUAUGGCGCAUGCAAGUAUUUCUAAAAUACAAGAGGAGAAUAAAAAGUUCUACAAUCUUCGUAGAAAACCGAUGCACCGAUAUAAACUUGGUGAUAUCGUAGCCAUACCGAAGACACAAUUCGGCGUAGGUCAAAAAGUGAAACCUAAAUAUUUUGGACCAUAUGAAGUUGUGAAGGUUUUGAAUAACGAUCGGUACGAGGGUUUUACAUCGAGUUUUCGGUUGAAUUUGAAUGCUUCUUUUGUGAGAUGGUACGAUUGUGUUGUAUUCCAAUCUGUCGCAAUGCAAAAACCAGCUACGAUGACGGUGCUAGUUUGCAUCCAUUCCCAGCAGAUUCAGACCUACGACGAAAGUGGAUCGAAUUCGUCGGUGCAGAUCCAAACAAAUUCCGUUGGAAGAUCAAUGGAAAAUGGACAGAAGAAGCUGCUUACUGGAGCUGUUCCGAUGGUGUAUUCCAGUGAAGGAAACGAAGAUGAUGAAGUUGAGCGGGAGGAUGUGAUGAUAUCGGAGGAACCUGCUGCUGCGAGCAUUGCUGAAGAAAACGAAGCAGUGGUGGAGGAAAUUGAACUGAGGUCGCUGUUUUGUAGGAUUUGCCUCAAAAAGCAAACCGAUUUGUUGCCUCUUAGUUCGAAGCUACACAAUGCGGCGCUAUCCGAUAUCAUUUUUACUAUCUCCGGUUUAAAACUCGAUUCUAAUGGCAUGGCCCCUACGAAGAUUUGCAUGGGAUGCGUUUCAAAGGCAGAUCUGGCUUUCAACGUCCGGAUGGAAUUUAUACAUAAUGAGCGGAUUUUAGAAAAUUUGAUAAAAAGCGGACAGCUGGAGCACCAUUAUAGAUAUUAUGACGACCAUAGGUAUGUCUCCAAAGGAGUGAAUGAAUUGUACUUGAAUAAUUUGAUAUCGACUGUUAAGCUUGAGGAUGCUGAGCUCGAGCAGCCAGCCGAAGCACAACUGACACAGCCCGAAAAGAUGGAAGAGGAUUGUGAACUGAGCACUAAAAAAGAGUUAGUUGAGUUUGAUGCUACGAAUGUAUCCGCAGACGCCGAGGAAAUGUUCCUGGAAGAGCACCUAUAUGAGGAACAGGAACAGGAGGAAAAAGAUGAACCAUUUGCGGAUCAUGAUAAUUCUGCGAACAUGUUGAAGCAGGAAGUGUUGUCGGAUUCGGAGAACGAAAGUGAAGGCUCUGCGAAAAAGUACGUUUUCUCGUGGAAGGAAUUGUAUAAGCCGAAAGCUGCUCCCAAAACGCAAAGGCGUGUUAUCGAGUAUCGACCGAAACCUAAAUUUGUUCCAAACACUUGCUACAUCUGCAACACAUCGCACGCUGAUGCCGAAGCACUCGACACGCAUCUGGAAGAGCACGUCGCUGUAUUGCCAUACACUUGCAGUGUGUGCAGCACCCCAACGAACCCUUCGGUGCACAAAUCGCUGGUUAUGCUCAACAGGCAUCUCCAGACCCAUUUGUAUCCGUACAAGUGCGAUGAAUGCCCUCUGCGUUUUCUGACGAGCACUACCUAUUCGGAGCAUCUGCGCAACGUACACGAGCAAGGAAACAAGGAUGGUCACACGUGUGACUACUGUGGGGAAUUCUUCACCAUCAAGCGACGAUUCCAGAUGCAUAUCUCGAAGCAUCGUGCAAUGGAAAACGGCAAAUACAAGUGUGAGCACUGCGGGAAGAUGUUCGGCAACAGCACGCUCCUUAAGCGUCAUGUUAGGAUACACACAGGCGAGAAACCAUUCGAGUGCAAAAAGUGUGGCCGUCGUUUCAACCAUGAGGCUAACUUCAAAAACCACAAGCGACUGCACAUUGGAGAAAAAGCGUACAUCUGUGAGGAAUGCGGGAAAAAUUUCGUCAGUGGAACCAUGUUACGCUAUCAUAUGGCUGAGCACUAUCCAGAUGAUCCGAAAUAUCGGGUCCAGAAUAGCGUACCGCGGCCCCGCUACAACGCCCAGGGUCAAGAGAUCACCACCUAUUCGAAACUGUACACGUGCGAAGUGGAAGGGUGCACAUUCGAGACGUACACUUAUCCCACGUUCUUCUACCACAAGAAUAUGCACACGAAGAAAUACCAAUGUGAACAGUGUGAUAAGCGCUUUCCAUUCAAGAGUUCUCUGGCCAAACAUAUCAUGAUUGUGCACGAGGGUAAGGCACCGGAACGGAACCUGCAGUGUCCCUACUGUACGAAGUUGUUCAACUGCAAGCAGAAACUCAAUCUCCACAUUGACAUUCACGAGGACAAUAGGCGCCACAAAUGCAAGUUUUGUGACAAGAGUUUCGUGCAGAAGGUAAAUUGUGUGGCUCACGAAAGGAUCCACACCGGGGAAAGGCCAUAUGCCUGCAGGAUUUGCCCGGCCGCAUUUAUCACCUCCUCCGGUAGGAAGAAACACGAAAAUACACACCAGGACUCAGAGUUGAACCAAGUAGACAGUAUUUCCAAAGAAGAGCCUGAGGAGAUAAUGGAAGAGAUUGAAGACACAAUCGAUGUGGAACAUGACGAACUGGAACCCGAGUUAGAGGUCGAGGUUAGCGUUGAUGGAGAAGAGUUGGUGGAAUAUGCUCCGUCCAGCGAAAUCGAUGUGGAGUCGUUGCCAGGGUCCUUCAGCUCGAGGCCACGGUUGUGGUUGAGCAUGUGGUGGAGAUUUUGCAGCAUUCGCACAGCUUGGGCAUCUACGAACGUAGUUGGUGAUGUCUUCAUCUAUUGUCGGCCAGAAAACGGUUCCACGAGCGAUAGCUUUUGCCCGUUCGAUGCCAGGAUGUGCUUGGUGAACUUGCUUGAGGAUCCUUUUCUGCAGGCUUUUGGGAACUACAAUUCGAUCCGCCAUCAUGAUACAGUCGUCAAUUACGGAGUAGGAAUCUCGACGGCUGAAGAAAGAUCAAACUUCUACAUCUUCGAUACCUUCGCACCACAAAGUGAUCUAAAAUUUCGUUCAAAAUUCCUGACAAAUUGUACGCUAUUUACUGAUACUAACGCAAGGACCUUCAUAGCAUACCUAGUAAGACCUCUGAUACAGUUUUCGGUAGUAUUUGAGUGCUUUAAUUGCGCGAUGGUACGUUUGUGCUGUAUUCCAAUCUGUCGCAACGCGAAAGCUAGCUGCGAUAACGGAGCGGGCUUACACCGUUUCCCAGCAGAUCCUGAGUUACGUAGAAAGUGGAUUGAAUUUGUCGGUGCCGAUCCAAACAAAUUCCGCUGGAGGACUAAAUGUAUCUGUUCGGAUCAUUUCUCCCACUCCGAACUUAUAGAAGAAAAUGGGCAGAUAAAGCUGCUAACGGGGGCCGUACCUAUGGCAUUCUCCUGCGAAGACAACGAAGAAGAUGACAGCGUUAUGCGGGAAGAUGUGAUGACAUCGGAAGAACCUUCCACUGCGAGUAUUGCAGAAGACGGAACAGCAAUUGAGGAGAUUGAACUGAGAUCGUUGUUUUGUCGAAUUUGCUUAAGGAAACAGCCCGUUUUGUUGCCUCUCAAUUCAAAGCUACACAACGCGACACUAACCGAUAUCAUCUACACAAUCUCCGGAACAAAGCUCGAUUGCAGUGGUAUGGUUCCUACGAAAAUUUGUAUGGGAUGCGUUUCGAAAGCUGAUCUAGCUUUCAAAGUUCGCAUUGAGUUCAUACAUAAUGAACGAAUAUUACAAAAUUUGCUAAACAACGGAAAACUGGAACACCAUUAUAUAUCUUAUGAGGCUAAUGGAUGUGCCCCCAAGGAUGUAAAUGAAACGUACUUGAAUGAUUUGAUUUCGGCUGUCAAACACGAAGUCACGGAACAGCCGCUCGAAAUUCAACAGCCCAAAAAGGGAGGAAAGGGUCGCAAGCAGAGCCCUAAGAAGCAGCUAUCAACCACACAUGUUGAGAUUGACACAACGGAUCCAUCGGAAGAUACCGAAGAAUUCUUCCUGGAAGAACAUUUAAAUGAGGAACUUGAACAGGAACCGGAACUAGAGGAAAAAGAUGUACCAUAUAUAGAACAUGCUAGUUCUGCGAACAUAUUGAAGCAGGAAAUAGUGUCGGAUUCUGAGAACGAAAGUGAUAGUACCACGAAAAAGUACGUUUACUCGUGGACGGAAUUGUGUAAGCCAAAAGCAGCUCCCAAACCGAAGAAGCUUGUUAUCGAAGACCGUCCGAAGCCCAAGUUUGUUCCAUACACCUGCUACAUCUGCGACACAUCGCACGCCGAUGCCGAUGCACUUGAUAUACACCUGGAAGAGCACGUUGGUUUGCUGCCAUACACCUGCGAUGAUUGCAACACGCCAACGCAUCCUUUUGUCUACAAAUCGCUGACUGCGCUCAACAAGCAUCUCCAAACCCAUUUGUAUCCGUACAAGUGUCAUGAAUGUCCGCUGCGUUUCCUGGACAAAACUGCCCUUGGAACACAUUUACGCUACAAACGUGAUGAUGAAAACAAGGAUGGCCACACGUGUGAUUACUGUGGACAAUUCUUCACUAUGAAGCGACGAUUUAAGAUACAUAUCGCGAAGCAUAUCGCGUUGGAAAAGGGUAAAUACAAAUGUGAACACUGCGGCAAGACGUUCGGUGACAGUAAUCUUCUUAGGCGGCAUGUUAGGAUACACACAGGCGAGAAACCGUUCGAGUGCAAGAAGUGUGGCCGCCGGUUCAACCAUGAGGAUAACUUUAAAAACCACAAACGUUCCCACAUUGGAGAAAAGGCAUACAUCUGUGAUGUUUGCAAAAAAAAUUUCGUUAAUGGAACCUAUCUGCGUUAUCACAUGGCGAAGCACUACCCGGAUGAUCCGAAAUAUAGGGUUCAGAAGAGGGCCCCACCGAGGCCCCGCUACGAUACUGAGGGUCAGGAGACUACCACACAUUCGAAUCGGAGAAAGGCACAGAAGAUAUUCCAAUGUGAAGAGUGCGAUAGGCCGUUUUCAUUCAAAUAUUUACUGACCGAACACAUGGCAACCGUGCACGGGAUUACACCGGAGCGAAGCCUAGAGUGUCCGUACUGUUCGAAGUCAUUCAAGAACAGGCAGAGACUCAAUUGCCACAUAGACAGCCACGAAAACAACCGACGCUACAAAUGCAAGUUCUGCGACAAGUCCUUCGUACAGAAGGUGAAUUGUGUGGCUCAUGAACGGAUUCACACUGGUGAAAAACCGCACGUCUGUAGGAUUUGCCCGGCUGCAUUUGUCACCUCCUCCGGGAGGAAGAAACACGAAAGAACACAUCAGGGGGUAGAAAUCAUUCUGGCGGAUAGUGUUCCAGAAGAACAACUCGAGGAAGUAAUUAAGGAUGAAGAUGAUAAAGAAAUUGUUUCAACAAUUUAAUCGAUAAA